GAGUUGUUUUUCAAUUUUCAGUGGUUUUUUGACGUUGCUUCUACUUGCUCGUUUUCAUCAACUUACUGAGUUCUCCAUGUAGCACUAAGCUUUCCAUAAUGUCUUAUUAUAAGUAGUUUAGUAGGGAAAUCCAAAUUAAAUCGUAAAUGACGCCCACGAAGACAACAACAACUGAAGUAGAAAUGGUGAUACGGAACAGGAAAACUGUUAUGAAAGACAGUAUUAUGACAAUGUCGGGAAUCGGCGAUCCUUCGGUCUUCCACGCAUUAGUGGUGAUUUUCUUGGAAUUCUUCGCGUGGGGCCUGCUCACGAUGCCUAUUAUAUCUGUGCUGAAUGCGACCUUCCCGGAUCAUACCUUCCUAAUGAACGGAUUAAUCAUGGGAAUCAAGGGCAUCCUGUCGUUUCUGUCCGCACCUCUAAUCGGCGCACUCUCCGACGUGUGGGGCCGCAAAUUCUUCCUGCUGGUGACUGUAUUCUUCACAUGUGCGCCGAUACCUCUAAUGACAAUCAACACAUGGUGGUUUUUCGCUAUGAUCAGCAUCAGUGGUGUCUUCGCGGUGACGUUUUCGAUUGUGUUCGCGUACGUGGCCGACGUGACGACGGAGGCUGAGAGGUCGCGCGCGUACGGUCUCGUGUCGGCCACGUUUGCAGCCAGUAUGGUCAUAUCGCCGGCCCUCGGCGCGUACCUAAUGGAUCUCUAUGGUGAAGCUCUGGUCGUAGCCGCCGCUACAGCUGUGGCCGUUCUCGACGUAUUCUUCAUAAUGGUAGCCGUCCCAGAGAGUUUACCAGAGAAAGUAAGGCCUAGCGGCUGGGGUCCUGCUAUUAGUUGGGAACAAGCAGAUCCAUUCGCCGCCCUCAGGAAAGUUGGUGCAGAGCGUACAGUGCUAAUGUUGUGUGUGGCUGUGUUUUUAUCAUACUUACCAGAGGCCGGACAGUAUUCAUGCAUAUUUGUGUAUCUGAAACUUGUGAUGGGCUUUGGUGUAGUGCAAGUGGCGAUAUUCAUUGCAAUUGUAGGAGUGCUCAGUAUCGGUGUGCAAGUGGUACUUGGAUUUUUGAUGAGAUCACUCGGAGCUAAACACACUAUAAUGGUGGGACUACUGUUUGAGAUGUUGCAACUAAUGUGGUACGGUUUCGGAAGCCGUACAUGGAUGAUGUGGGCGGCGGGCGUCCUGGCGGCGCUCGGCUCGCUCACAUACCCUGCCAUCAGUGCUUAUGUGUCAGUGAACAGUCGUGCCGACCGUCAGGGAGUGGUACAGGGUAUGGUGACAGGAGUCAGAGGACUGUGUAACGGCCUGGGUCCCGCCAUGUUCGGGGUCAUAUUUUACUUAUUCCAUGUAGAUUUGAAUGAGGAACAUCAGCGACCAGGCCAAGAGAAUGAGCGGAUUGUGCCGGGACCACCAUUCGUACUAGGCGCUUUGCUAGUAAUAUGCGCUCUGUUAGUGGCGGCGUUCCUGCCCGAGGAUGGCACGGUGGGCGGCAACAGGCGGCCGUCACCGGUGGACCUUCGGUUCGAGGUGGAGCACGGCCGGCGCGUGGCGGGCCCGCUUGCGCCUUUGAUGGCGCCCGAGUCAGCCGCCCUCUAGCUAGCGGCGAAGGCCGGCCGGGCGGCCAGCGUGUGAUUCUCAGUGCUGUGCUGCACCGCAGCAUUGCGGUGAACGCAUUUACAAGGUACCAAAGCUCUGACUCCAGUGAGUGAAGUGAUUCCUACCGUUUAUGCUCAGUUACACCGACUACAUUCCCGUGUUUUACAUGUAAAGUUAUGCUUCAUCAAUAUCCAUGUUUCUUAAGCUAAGUAAGCUUGAUAACUAUUUUUAUAGUACUUUGGAGUCACCUGUGAGGAUGUGUACAUAUUUUGUCAAAAUAAAAAUCAUUCAGAUCUGUGUACAA